GAAGGGUUAAACAGGUCUCUACGCCGCAUCUGUAUCUGUAUCCUCAGUUCGUGGCACCGCCACGGAAGCGGCAGGCUGCGCGUCUCUUCCUUAGCCCGGCCCGGGACUCUCCCCAAGCCCGCGCACCCACCGCCUUGUCUGGGACUCUCCCAAGCCCGCGCCCCCUCGGGAGCGCCGCCGCAAACUCACGGGUGGCCUCGGUCGUCUCGGGAGUGCAUGGGGCGGCACUAAGUGGGCUGGCGGUGCAGACCAGGUGCCGCUCCAACAUGAACCUCGUGGGCAGCUACUCACACCAUCACCACCAUCACCACCCGCACCCCGCGCACCCGGUGCUCCACGAGCCCUUCCUCUUCGGCCCGGCCUCGCGCUGUCACCAGGAGCGGCCCUACUUCCAGAGCUGGCUGCUGAGUCCCCCUGACGCUGCUCCGGACUUCCCCACCGGCGGGCCACCACCCACAGCAGCGGCGGCCUCCGCCGCUUACGUCCCAGACGCCAGGUCCGGCCAGAGCCCGGGGAGCCUGGAGGCCCUCAGCGGCCGCCUGGGCCGGCGGAAAGGCUCAGGACCCAAGAAGGAGCGGAAGCGCACGGAGAGCAUUAACAGCGCGUUUGCGGAGCUGCGCGAGUGCAUCCCCAACGUGCCGGCCGACACCAAGCUCUCCAAGAUCAAGACUCUGCGCCUGGCCACCAGCUACAUCGCUUACCUGAUGGACGUGCUGGCCAAGGACGCACAGGCCGGCGACCCCGAGGCCUUCAAGGCCGAAAUCAAGAAGGUGGAUGGCGGUCGCGAGAGCAAGCGGAAAAGGGAGCUGCAGCAGCACGAAGGCUUUCCUCCUGCCCUGGGCCCAGGCGAGAAGAGGAUUAAAGGGCGCACAGGCUGGCCACAGCAAGUCUGGGCGCUGGAGUUAAACCAGUGAGCCAAGGCCCGCGCAGAGGACCCCACCACCGCGGCCGACCCCAGAGGCCCGGGAGGAGAGGAAGGAGACGAGUGCCAGGCUCUGGGUACCAGGGGCUUAUGGGCGCGUCCUGCCGAGCCUCUGCUGUGUGCUGGCAGGUCGCUGGCUGCAACAACACACUUGGAUCGCACGUGCAAUGUCAUUUGAAAUUGUUUUUAAUACAUUAAGAGAAAGAGAAAUAUAUAUAUCCACCCCCCAUAACCAAGAGGGCGGCUCUUGGCAGCACUAUAUACGAAAGGGAGAGACUGUGGGACUCCAGACGAGCGGCUAAGACGCACCCUUCCAACCCUUCUGGGGCGAAUUUGGAACCCCCAGCACCUUCCCCACUGUGC